AAUUUUUUUCUCCAACAUAACGCCGUAAAUUUACAAAAGCGGCUUUUUUUUUACAAAAAUAUAUAAUUAAAUUAGUUUUUUUAAACAAAAAAAUAUAUAAAAAGGAAAAUAGAUUAAGUUUACUAUAUAAAUUUAUCAAAAAUAUACUGCAAUUUAUAAAAAUAUAGUAAAAAUCCGGUAAAGUAAGAAACAGCCAACAUGUCAGUAAGAGAUCAAAUAAAAAUUGAUAUUGAAUGGGGCCACGAGCGCUUAGUGCGCGCCCAACAAGUGGUGGAAAUGCGCCCUUAUGAUAUAGAGUCUUGGUCCACCUUGCUGCGUGAGGCUCAGACGCGACCGGUCAAUGAGGUGCGCACUUUAUAUGAAUCUUUGGUUAAUGUAUUUCCCACCACCGCACGUUAUUGGAAGAUUUACAUAGAACAGGAAAUGAAAGGACGCAAUUUUGAAAAAGUGGAAAAGUUGUUUCAGCGCUCCUUGGUGAAGAUUUUAAAUAUAGAUUUAUGGAAAUUAUACUUGACCUAUGUUAAGGAAACUAAGGCGGGUUUGAGUACGCACAAAGAAAAACUGGCCCAGGCUUAUGAUUUUGCUUUGGAAAAGAUAGGCAUGGAUUUACAUUCAUUCUCUAUAUGGCAGGAUUAUAUUUCUUUCUUGCGCAGUGUGGAGGCAGUGGGCAGUUAUGCAGAAAAUCAAAAAAUCACUGCUGUACGCAGAGUCUAUCAAAAGGCGGUCAUUACACCCAUUGUAGGCAUAGAAAUAUUAUGGAAAGAUUAUAUAGCCUUUGAGCAUAACAUUAAUCCCAUUAUAUCCGAGAAGAUGAGCUUGGAAAGAUCUAAAGAUUACAUGAAUGCGCGAAGAGUGGCCAAGGAAUUGGAGAAUAUUACCAAGGGCUUGAACCGCAAUUUACCCGCUAUACCACCCACCCUAGCCAAAGAGGAAGUUAAACAGGUUGAACUAUGGAAAAAAUUCAUUGCUUUUGAAAAAUCCAAUCCUUUGAGAACUGAAGAUACUGCCCUCAUUACCCGACGUGUUAUGUUUGCCACUGAGCAAUGUUUGCUAGUGCUAACUCACCAUCCGGCUGUUUGGCAUCAAGCAGCACAAUUUUUAGAUCAAAGUUCUAAAGCUUUGGCAGAUAAAGGCGAUACCCAAGCGGCCAAAAUCUUUGGCGAUGAAUGUGCCAAUAUCUUGGAACGUUCCAUUAAUGGUGUUUUAAAUAAGAAUUCUUUGUUGUAUUUUGCUUAUGCUGAUUUUGAGGAAGGACGCAUGAAAUAUGAUAAAGUACAUGCUAUGUAUAAUAAGUUUUUAUCCAUACCGGAUAUAGAUCCAACAUUGGCCUAUGUCCAGUAUAUGAAAUUUGCUCGCCGUGCUGAAGGCAUCAAGUCUGCCCGUGCUAUUUUCAAAAAGGCCCGUGAAGACAUACGUUCUCGUUAUCAUGUCUUUGUGGCGGCUGCCCUCAUGGAAUACUACUGUUCGAAAGAUAAAGAUAUUGCCUUUCGUAUAUUCGAAUUGGGUUUAAAACGUUUUGGUGGCAGCCCGGAAUAUGUCAUGUGUUAUAUAGACUAUUUAUCGCAUCUGAAUGAAGAUAACAACACCAGGGUGUUGUUUGAACGGGUGUUAUCAUCGGGUGGUCUAACGCCACAAUUGAGUGUUAAUGUUUGGAAUAGAUUUUUGGAAUUUGAAUCGAAUAUUGGUGACCUAUCGAGUAUUGUAAAGGUGGAGAGACGGAGAAGUGCUGUGUUGGAAAAUCUUAAAGAAUAUGAGGGUAAGGAAACUGCCCAAUUGGUGGAUCGUUAUAAGUUUUUGGAUUUAUAUCCCUGUACAACAGUGGAAUUAAGAUCUAUAGGUUAUACAGAGAAUGUGGGUAUUACCACCAAUAAACUGGCUGCGGGUCCUGGUAACGCAGCAGCGGCUGCCAUCAAGGAAGAACCAGAGUCUGAACCAGCUGUGCAACUGCCAAAGCCAGAUUUUGGUCAAUACAUACCCUUCAAGCCCAAGGCAAAUGCAUAUCCCGGCGCACAUCCCCUAGCGGGUGGCACUUUUCCUCAACCACCCGCCUUGGCGGCUUUGUGUGCUUCUUUGCCACCUCCCUUAUGCUUUAGAGGGCCAUUUGUUUCCAUUGAAAUGUUGUUUGACAUAUUUAAUCGUAUAAAAUUAACAGAUGCUGCUCCCUUACCCUCCGGUGAUCCUGGUUGCGAUAUCAAAAUCUUUGAUUUAGCCAAAUCUGUUCACUGGAUUGUUGACGAAAGCUCUUUGACGGGUGACACUUCAGGCGGAUCGGGUGUAAAACGUCGACGCAUGCUGCCCGGCGGUGAUGACAGUGAUGAAGAAACACCCGCUCCUGCACCACCAGCAAAUGAUAUCUAUCGUCUGAGGCAACAGAAACGCUUUUCCAAAUGAAAUUAGGUCUUUUUUUAAAGGUGUUUCUGCAAACAUUUUUAAUGUAACGUUGUUUGUUUAAGCAAAUUAAUUAAGGAUAUUUUUUAAAAAAAUGUUUACCUUUAAAUAUUACACUAAACGCAAAAAAGAAAAUUGGUAAAAAAUAAGUAUUUUUAAACAAUAAAAUAAAAUACAAAUUAAAUUAUAAAAGGAAA